UUAAUUUAAUACAACAGCCCUAGAGAACAACAACCUAUGCUAAACGGUUAGUUACAGAUACAGGUUAAACCUAGCGUUUACCCGCACCGAUUUUAGGCGCUGUCCGCCCUCUUAACCAUGCUAGUCUUAUAAUAUACAGAGGUUGCGGAAGUAUCCCGAUUUGCUUGUCACCAACUAAAUCGCUAAAUGUCAUUGACAACGCGGUGAUAGUAAGAAAGCUCAAAGCACCAGUUGGAAUCGAUCUGACGCGUCGUCUCCAUUCGGUAGCCCUGCCAGUAUCUCUUAUGGCCGGGAUAAUUCAAAAUCAGCCAUCGAUACCAAUUACCUGUCCAACUUGUGCGUUCUUCGCCAGUCUCGCCGGUACUGCUCUUAUCGUUGCAGACAAAGCAGCUGAUACAGGUCUCGCGCUGUCUACGCUUCCUCGAGUGCAACCAAAAUUAGUCGCAGACAAUGUGGUUUACAAAGUAGACGCUGCUACUGCUGUCAAAGAACUUACUGUGAAAAAGCAACCCAUACAAGGGUCAGUGCAAAUACCUAAGGAAGUAAACGCCAACACGGUUGAAAGCCUACCGUUAAGACUCGAAGCAGGAACGGCACCAUCCGUCGAAGUUCCUGGUUUAUCACGGAACACUGUUACUACUUCCGACGAACGGACAAAGGCCAAGCAAGCGUCAUCAAGUAAACCGUCCUCUCUAGAAAAGACACCGCAAGCAGCUAAGGCGAUUCCUACGCCAACGGCAGCCCCCAAGUCUAAUACUGAAGAAUGGGCAGACUUCAGGGAAAGCGCCCAAUCGAACUACCUACCUGAAGUCGAAGAGAUUUGUGGUAUAACGAAGGAAUUUAUGAAGCGCCUCGACGAUUUCGAUCUGUCGAGUGAAAUUUUAAUUCCCGAAGGCCUCACGGAUUUUAUCACCCGGGAAGACGAUGAUCUAGCAAUCUAAGGCAAAUGUUUAUACAGGAAGUCCCACUACAGAGUGGGAGCUUUCGUUCGGCGGGGACCCGCUACUUUGUCCAUGUCCAGAGUGCUACGCCAGCCACGAAGAAGUCUUCACUUGCUGCUGCCUUCGAUGAAUUUUAGUUCAGCGCCUUACCGGAAGCUGAUGGCAUCAAAAUGAAUACCCAAAUAGCGAAAACAACUUUCGAAUCCGUGAAGUACGGCUCGAACAAUCCUGCGUCGAAGCAGUUCUGUUUCAAAGCGUAUCAUUUCGAUCGAUAUUAGCCUAUUAUUUUUCUAUAAGUUAUAUGAGACAGCCGGUCAAUAAACUAA